AUGGUUCUAGCGUCUCUCGAUCAGAUGACGGAUUCAGUCUUUCAGAAGGUCACAAAAACCGCCACUGCGAGUGAUGACUCCACAGCUUACACGCCGCCGGAAAUCGACGAGAAGGUCGAACAGCAAACUUCUUCAGUCCCCCAGCCGGACAAGACAUUCAUCCUUCGCGACAAGAAAUCAGGCCAACUUCUCACACUGCUCGACGGUGUUGUGCGUCUUAACCCUGCUGGCACCCUUGGCUCUGCGUAUCACUGGACCUGCCACGAGCGCCACGGCUGGCUUGGGUUUAAAAACAUUGCAGCAGGUACAUUUCUGAGUCACGAUCGUGGAGGCGUGUUGCAAGCCAUGGUCCCACAUCAUGAGGGAUGGGAGUUCUUCUGUGUGAGAAUGAUGCCAGAUGGAGGAUAUGUACUGCUUAUGACACAUUGUGGGAAGCUGUGGCCAGUGCAGAUGAAGCAAGAAGAUGGAUUGCAGAAGCUGUGCAAGGCGGAUGCUCCAGUCAAGGAUGGACUGGUGUGGGAGUUUGUUGAGGUUUAG